UCUGCCGGAAGCUCGGCGGUCGAUCGCGCCGCCUGGGCUCUCCGCGCUCUUCCAGCGCUGCCUUUCUGGUAGCCACGUGGGCUGCGGGGCGAUGGCGGCGCUGGUUGUGUCCGAGACAGCUGGGGCAGGAAGCCGAGUCGGCCCCGGCAGAGGUCGAAUCUCUCGGGGCCGACUGGCCAACCAGAUCCCGCCUGAGAUCCUGAACAACCCCCAGCUGCAGGCUGCUGUCCAAGCUCUGCCUUCUAACUACAACUUUGAGAUCCCCAAGACCAUCUGGAGGAUCCAACAAGCCCAGGCCAAGAAGGUGGCCUUACAGAUGCCAGAAGGUCUCCUGCUCUUUGCCUGCACCAUCGUGGAUAUCUUGGAAAGGUUCACAAAGACUGAGGUGAUGGUGAUGGGUGAUGUGACCUAUGGGGCUUGCUGUGUGGAUGACUUUACUGCAAGGGCCUUGGGAGUUGACUUCCUGGUGCACUAUGGCCACAGCUGUCUAGUCCCCAUGGACACCUCAAUCCAAGACUUCCGUGUGUUGUAUGUCUUUGUGGAUAUCCGGAUAGACACUGCCCACCUUCUGGACUCAGUCCGCCUCACCUUUACGCCAGGCAGCUCACUUGCUCUCGUCAGCACCAUUCAAUUUGUGUCAACUUUACAGGCAGCUGCACAGGAGCUGAAAGCUGACUAUCAGAUCAGUGUCCCACAGUGCAAGCCCCUGUCCCCCGGCGAGAUCCUAGGCUGCACAUCCCCACGACUGCCCAAGGAGGUGGAAGCUGUUGUGUAUCUUGGAGAUGGCCGCUUCCAUCUGGAGUCUGUCAUGAUUGCCAACCCUAAUAUCCCUGCUUACCGGUAUGACCCGUAUAGCAAAGUCCUUUCCAGAGAGUACUAUGACCAUCAGCGCAUGCAGGCCACCCGGCAGGAGGCCAUUGCUGCGGCCCGCUCAGCCAAGUCCUGGGGUCUUAUUCUGGGAACUUUGGGUCGCCAGGGCAGUCCCAGGAUUCUAGAGCACCUGGAAUCUCAACUCAGAGGCCUGGGACUUCGCUUCCUGAGGCUGCUGCUCUCCGAGGUGUUCCCCAGCAAGCUCGGUCUCUUUCCUGGGGUGGACGUGUGGGUGCAGGUAGCGUGUCCGCGCCUCUCCAUUGAUUGGGGUUCAGCCUUUCCCAAGCCACUGCUGACACCCUAUGAGGCAGCCGUGGCUCUGAGGGAAAUUUCUUGGCAGCAGCCCUACCCCAUGGACUUCUACGCCGGCAGCUCCUUGGGGCCGUGGACAGUGAACCACGGGCGGGACCGAGCACCCCCUGGCAGGGCGCCGCAGCGGUCCGGAGGCCGCGCUCCCGCCCCAGCCUGCGAGGGCUGCGGCUGCGCAGACCAGCAGGCCCCCCCGCCGGCUCCCUGAGGCCGCGGAGGCUGCAGGGCCCGGUGCUGCGGAGGAGCAGCCUCGAGGCUGGUGGUUUUCUGAACAAGCAGCGGAUGUUUUCUCUGCGCUGGAAGAGCCCACAGUGUGCAGGGGUCUGGAGGAGGCCCUGGAAACGGUGGCACAGGCCCUGGAC